AAGACUUGAAAGCACUUCAGGUCAUAACGCAAUGAGCUCAUACUAAUGACUUGAUGGCAAAUUAAACAAUUCGAUGGGCGUAAAAACAAGAAAUUUAUUGGUACAGUUGCGCGUUUUUCAACUUAAAAUUUGAUUGAAUAUUCUUCUCUCAGUUUUUUUAUUCUGGCAAAAGAAGUAACCUCAACCAUCCGAACACUUUUAUGAUAUCCGGAAAUUUUCUAAAUUCUGUUUCAUAAAAAAAGCCUUUAAAUAAAUAUUUUCCACCAUGGUUUCCAAAUUUACAUAUACUUUUGAGCUAUUAAUUUUGAGACUGAUCAUUUCCAUUUCCGAAGUGGCUUUGCGACUCUGUAGUUUUUGUGGACAGCUACGACAGAAUAUCAGACCGAGUGCUUCCGAAGGUUUGCAGGAUAAUGUCAACUUUGACUGCUUUGUUCACAAAAUGGGACCAGUUGUGGAAAAAGACAUGCGAAUGUCAGUUGAUAUCUACUUCCGCCAGUACUGGAGAGACCACAGACUAGUUGACCUCUACACACAAGUGGCAACUAGCCCCAACAUCUCCCAAGGAUCCCCAAUUCCACUGGGAAGGGACUACAAUGACCUCAUUUGGUUCCCAGAUAUCUACUGGGUAGAUGCCCUGGAUGUGUCCAAGCCAGGAAUUCUGUCUAGAAGCCAGACCCUAGAACUGGAAGAAGAUAGCAAUAUUUUCUUCUCCAACAGACUGCUGGUCACAUUCAGGUGUGAAAUGGACCUCAAGUACUUCCCCUUUGACAUUCAACAGUGCCAACUAUGCUUUGAAAGCUAUUUAUACCAUAUGGGGCAUCAGAACAUGUCUUGGAUCCAUGACGUCAUUUCUAUGACCCCUGGACAGAAGAUUGCCAACUUCUACAUCCGAGAAAACCCGCGCACAUAUACCAAAGAGACCACGUACAAUCUGGGCACUGUGUGGAAACAACUGUGCAUGGAGGUGCACUUGCACCGCAAACUGGCCAUCUACAUCAUCACCAUGUUCAUGCCCAGUAUAUCCCUGGUACUGCUGUCAUGGGUGGGCUUCUGGGUAGACAAAAAGGCCAUACCCGCCCGAUCAGGGCUGUCCAUUACCACCAUACUAGCUACCAUAACACUUAUCAACGGAACAGGCAACAGAUUCCCAGGAGUGGCAGAUCUGAAGAUGGGUGACCUCUACCUUAUCAUCAACUUCUUCUAUGUCUUCGCCACCCUGGUGGAGUUCGCACUCGUCUCCUACCAACCCCCGCCUCGCAAAAAGUGGAAAAGGGCACGGAAGAACAGAUUCAUGCACCGAAUGAAGGGCUUCGCUAAAAUACCGAAGCUGGUGAAAGGGCCUACCAAAGUCGAUGAGGGCACAAAGAUUGUGACGCAAGAAAUUGACAUCGUUACCAGUUUCAGACCGAAGAUGGCUCUUCUGUUCGGCGCACAAUCGACACUUACGAACCAAAACUUGAAGGAUGAAACCUGUGUUGAAAACGAUGGGACCCAAUUGACUCCAAUGCAGAAAGAAGAUCCAUCACAAAAAACUGAAGCUAAUGUUGUUCAAAACAUCCAGUCGCAGCGGGAAAAUAUAUCAUACGGCAAACAUGUCGAGUUCUCCACUGAUAUGAAAGAAAACGAACUGGACAAAGUCACAAAGUUCGACUACUGGAGUUCGGGAAACGCCGACGAGAUUUGCAAGUGGCUUUUCCCCUCUUCCUUCCUUAUAUGGAACUUAGUGUAUUUCUUCAUUGUCAUGAAAGUUUCGGGACGAUUGUGAACAAUUAGAUUUUGUGGAAAUCAUUAAAAAAUUGAAUAUAGUAUUAUAAGUGCAAUAAUAUA